CUUCUACUAUACUGUAGUCGUAGAGACGUCUCCGCAUUUUAACAGCACAAACGAACGUUUCAUCAUCAUCUAUAACAAUUACCGCCCAUUUUAUCUACUAAACAGAGCUAUUCUGGCUACUUGAGGCUUGACCAAGACUUCAAACACCGUCUAAGAUGCCACCUCCUACUAACAAAGAACUAAACGCAAAGCGUGAGGAGCAUUGUAUUGCGAUUACUCACGAAAGGAAAUACUACAGAGUUGGACAGGUCUGGAUCAAGCGAACUCUACGACCAACUGAAUGGCAGAAGCACAAUGGCUAUAUGCCCAUACCACUAUUUAACCUUGAACGUGUCCUGAAUGAGGGUGCUUGUAUCCAAUUUCUCGCCGAGAAUACGGACCUCCCAUUGCCGAAGCUCUACGCUUGCUUCGAGGACGAUGGUGCCGCCUACCUCAUCACUGAAUAUGUCGAAGGUGUUGGCAUGAACGACCUGGAUGCCGCAAAGCAGGAGAUUGUUGCGAAGGAGCUCCAAGCUCACAUGGAAACGAUGAGCAAGUUGAAAUCUAGUGUCUGGGGUGGCCCCGGCGGUGUGGUUCUGCCACCAUACCGCAUCAUGAGAAAAUCCAAUGGUCGGCCGUGGAGAAUGCAGCCGCGGGAGACGCCGGAUCUUGUCUUCUGCCACAAUGACCUUUCUGCAAAUAAUGUCAUUGCCGACCCCGACACUCUCAAGAUUGCGGCCAUCGUCGAUUGGGAAUACGCAGGUUUCUACCCGCCUGAGUUUGAGUCUGCCUUUUUCCGGAGACCGGGUCCAUCUGUUGCAUUAGAAGGGGAGGUUGACGAUGUAGACUACUUGAUGGAUAUCAUGUCCAAGGAGAAGGUGUAGAUCGCGUAAUGCAAGGCUAUCUUAGCUGCACCUGUUCCUU